AUGAACAGUCAGCUCUUUUUAUCUUUCCUCGUUCAGGGAAGAAAUCGAGAUCUCUCGUUUAUGUUAGUCUCGUUCUCUCCGAUAACGCAUGCGCUGUGUCACUUCAAUAUUGGGAUGCCGAAGUUCGCCUCGAAGGUCUAUCAUGUCUACAAGCACAUGUACCUUCAAUCCGCCUUCUCUUGCCUCGGCGAGAUCUAUCUAUCUAUCUAUCUAUCUAUCUAUCUAUCUAUCUAUCUAUCUGUCUUGAUCUCUGUUACAGUAUAUUCAGAAUUAUCUAUCUAUCUAUCUAUCUAUCUAUCUAUCUAUCUAUCUAUCUAUCUAUCUAUCUAUCUAUCUAACGUUCAGAACGAUCUAUCUAUCUAUCUAUCUAUUUAUCUAUCUGUCUUGAUCUCUGUUACAGUAUAUUCAGAAUUAUCUAUCUAUCUAUCUAUCUAUCUAUCUAUCUAUCUAUCUAUCUAUCUAUCUAAUUAUAUUCCUAACUAUCUGUCUACAAGUCCAUCUUGUAAUCAAUUUUUCUCAGUUGUUUUCCGACUCACGCAACAAACCACUUGCAUCCGUUAUCUGUUUCCCUUGUUCUUUUUUCUUGAUCCAAUCGAAUUUCUGAUUAUCAAUCAAUCUUGCUCUUUCUACGCGUUUCUCGUGUCGUCUUAA